GAAUGCUUGUUUAUCGACAAUUUUAAAUUUACCAUCAAUAACGAAUUAAUUAUAAAUUACAAAAAAAUAGUAAAGUCCAAUUCAGUCUCAUUUAGGCAGUAAAGAGCGGGUCAUAUGAAGUUUCGAAGACUGCCCUCAACAGUUCUCGUUAAUUUCGACCAUGGGAAUGCUUCUGUUAAUUUUAGUCUUUUGUACAAUAUCGAUCACAAAAAGUGGUGGUGUCACAGAUAAGGAAUAUGCCAAUUUACCUCCAGUUUUUGAACAGGAUAAUUUCGAGAGAUGCCUCUUACUCAAGGACGAGGCUUUAUAUUGUUAUGUGGAGUACCACGUGAAACCCAUAGAUCCAGAAAAUGCGAGCAUAACGUGGACCCAUAUACAAGACUUAUCAGCUAACCCGAAGAAUUAUCGUCAUGACAUUUUGAGACACGGUGUUUGCAUACCUUUUUCCUGUCCUAAUAUUUCGAGAUCGCACCGAGAUCCGGAAUUCAGAAGAGAUUUAGCCGAGUGCAUAAACAGGAAAUAUAAGCAUUUAGGCAUAUACGGGACAGUGGAGCAUGAUUAUUGCCAAACCGAUGAACCUCCGAAGUAUGACUUUCUCGACAGAUUGGCUGCGGUACUUCUGAUCGUUUACGUUUUAUUCGUACUUUUUGCAUCAUUCUACGAAGGAUUCGCAAGAUACAAAACACCCGAAGAAUAUUUAAGUAUCACAACGAGUCGAUAUGGAAAACUCGUGUCCUGCUUUUCAAUACCCAAGAAUUGGGAAAGGCUGAAAACUAUCGAAUGGACGCCAGAAAAUUAUAAGUUGAAAGGUGUUCACGGUUUCAGAUUCUAUAAUAUGUUCUUAGUUAUUGCAGUUCAUGCAGCUGUACUCUGCGUUGCCGGACCAAUUUCGAAUACAAAGUUUAUUGAAGGGUUAUUCCAUCAUCGUUAUAUGAUGUUCAUGGCAAGUGGACCUUUUGGCGUUUCUACUUUUUUUCAAAUCUCCUCGAUGCUGCUUACUUUUAGUGUCCUGAACCAUUUCAAUGAGAAAAGUGAGAAAGAACUAACUCUGAAAACAAUUUUUUGGAUUGUAAUUUAUAGGUAUCUAAGACUCACUCCUACGAUGGCUUUCAUCCUGUUCCUUCAUUCUACUAUUUUACCACACUCAGGGAGCGGACCGAUGUGGAACGAGUACUUGGGGAUUGAUAGAAGAAAUUGUCGAAAGAAUGGUUGGACAAACUUGUUAUAUAUCAACACUUGGGUUAAUACUUCCGAAAUGUGUAUGCUCGAAACAUGGUAUUUGUCAGUGGAUAUGCAAGCUUUCAUUUUGGUUCUUGUUUUUUUAUACUUCACUGCAAAGAGUCCAAAACGUUUUUGGUCGUUUUUGAUCAUAGCAUGGAUUCUACAUCUCAUCUACGUAGCCUGGCAUGUAUAUAGCAAAGCCGUAUUCUAUUUUAUGAGGCCAUAUCCAGAGAACAUGUAUAUAAUAAAAGGCUUGUACGAGGAAGAUGGAGUCUGGAUCAAUACUUUAGCCCACGGUCCUAUGAACUACGCGAGUACUUUUGUUGGAGUAGCAGUUGGAUUCGUGCUUUCUAAAUACGACAAAGUCCCAACGCCCAGUUCGAGAAUAGGACAAAUUUUGUACUGGUUUGGAGUUUGGGGAGUAGCAGUUUCAAUCGUUGGAAUCCCAGGAACGUGGCUCUACUCAAAAAAUUACUACGACAGUUACUGGUUUUCCAUUCCUUACCUUACAUUUUCACCAACUAUUUACAGCGCAGCUAUAGCUUUGGGAUCACUUGGAAUCGCUGCAGGACAUGGAUGGAUGACAAAGUGGGUUUUAGAAUGGCGACCUACCUAUUUCCUAGGCAGAAUAAGUUACUCUACAUUCCUAGCACAUUACCCACUACUCUUUUAUAUCUUAGGAUCAUCUAAAAAUUUGAUGAGUGUUAAUGAAAUCAACAUACUACUUGAAACAGGAAAAAUCCUUUCGAUUAGCUUAGUAUGUGGAUUGAUGUUGUCUCUUUUCAUAGAGUAUCCCGUAUCUGCGUUUUCAUCGCUUUUAUUAAAGGAUAAAAUAGUGAAUGAAACCAAAAAGAAUGAUAUAAAACCGAAGACGUCGUAAUUUUAUAACCAAACAGUGCUCAAUAAUGUGAUCAUUGUUGAACUGCACAAGAAUUCCAUUUAAUUUAUCUUUAAAUCUAGAAAGACUGUGAAAAAUAUUGUAAAUAAAAGAGCUUUCCUGAAAGAA